UUAGAGAUAAUUACAACAAUAGAAAAGAUAGUUAAAAUAUAGAAAAAAGGUAAAGCUACCUAUUUGAGUUAAUUUAUAGGUAAACCUGAAGUUAGUAAAGAUUAACAUCUUAAUUAGAGGAGUUCCUUGGAAAAUUUUAUAAAUAACAGAUUGACUUCUCAUUAAGACUUCAAAAAGAGGAAGAAUCUAUUGAGUUAAUAAAAUUAUGUUCAUCGAUAAGAAUAAUGAAGAGAUUGAAUAAAAUUAUUGUCAUAUUUGGCGGGGAUUAUAUUAAUAAGAAAAGAAAGAGGGAAGGAAUUUCAAUUUAUCAAUUGAUACUUGAUUUUAAGUGGGAAGAGAGGUUUUGAG